AUGGACGCCGUCGCGCGCCGCGCCGCGCGGUUCCGCGGCAUCCUCUGCGACGCCGCCGCGUCGUGCUCCGCCGCCUCCUCCGCGCGGACGCGAGAGAACCACGCGGCGACGCGCGCGGCGUCCCCCGACGCGUCGCGCGCGAGAUACGGCGACGUCGCGUCGCCCGGGUGGAACGGCUCGCCGUCCGCGAUGGACGUCGAACGCGCGGUGCGACGCGUGAACCGACGCAUUCAGUCGCACGUCAUGACGCUCCCGAAGCGCUCGCGAUGUCUUGAGGAGGAGUGGAGGUGGGACGAGAACUGCGUCUCGUGGACGAGGACGACGAGCUUCCACGGGACGGUCGACGCGCGGAUCGCGAAGUUCAGCGAACGAUGGGAUCGCGAUCGCGCUUCGAACGAGGACGACGCGGGGCUUCGCGACGGGAAUCGACGCGGGAAAUACACGCUCAUAUUCCUUCACGGCUUCUGCGACACCGCGGAGAACUGGCGCGAGAUGACGGAGAUGCUCGUCCGCGGCGUCCCCGGCGGCGUCGAGGUGCUCCUCCCGUCGGCGCCGUCGCGGCUGUUUCAAAUCGGCGACGCGCACAGAGACGUCGCGGCGUGGUUCGAACCGCGGAUGAACAACACGCGCGUCGCGGAAGAGUUCGAAGGGCCCGGGCCCUCCAACACGCCGUGGCGCUGCGGCGGCAUCGAUCCCGCGAUCGCGUGGACGAAGAGCCUCAUCGCGGAGCAGGAGAAGAGAGGCGCGGCGCGCGGCAGCGUCGUGUUGAUGGGAUUCAGCCAGGGCGCCGGGCUCGCGAUGGCGGCGGCGGCGAGCGAGACGGCGUGGUCCCCCGCGCUCGGCGGCGUCGCGUGCCUCCGCGGGUACCUCCCGAUCACGAAGAACGAGUCGGACUUAUCGCUCUCGUCGUCCGCGCCCGCGUCGCCGCCGCAGGUGUUGAUAUGCCAGGGCGGGCGGGACGUCGUCGCGCCGAGGGAGUGGGGAUUCGCGGCGGCGGAGCAUCUGCGCGCGCAGCGGCGGCGGCACGCGGGCGGGGGCGCGGGCGCGUCCGAGGACGACGUGCAGGUGCUGGUGAGCGAGGACAUGGGGCACGAGCUGAGCGUGGACGACGUGUGGCGGGCGAGGUGGUGGCUGCGGGGGGUGUUCGAGGAGAGCGGGGAUCGGAGAGACGACGAGUUCCGGUAUCAGGGGCCGCCUCGACUGUGA